AUGCACGAGAUUUUGACGGUCCAGUUAGGCUCUGCAAGCAAUCAUCUCGGUGCUCAUUACUGGAAUACCCAAGAGUCGUAUUUCACGUACGAGGCCAACGACGGAAAUGAGAAGCCUGCAGUAGAUCACGAUAUAUCAUUUCGGGCUGGAGUUGGUGCGGAUGGGUCGGAUACCUAUCUCCCCCGUGCGCUCAUCUACGAUCUGAAAGACAACUUCGGAUCUUUGAAGCAAGUAAAUGCGCUUUAUGAAGUCGAAAAUCCAUCGCAGGCCGGCAACAGACUGCAGCUUUGGCAUGGUUCCACGGCGACACAAUCUACGGCACCGUCGAUCUCGCCAUCGCCAUAUUCCCAAGCCCUUGACCAAGGGACUACUACCCCUUCCCUUUUAACUGAUUCAACCGUCCGGUAUUGGUCUGACUAUCUUCGUGUAUACUUUCAUCCCCGCACACUACAUCAAAUUACCAUCCCAGGUUUCCGCGGCCCCAAUCAAUCUCCCGGUGGUCGACUUCCUGGUCUUUUUUCGAAUUCCGCGUUGGGUGACCUGGGGCGAUCGACGCAAGAGAAAACCUCCCUUUGGUCGUCUGGGGAAGAUAUCUGGGCAGAGCUAGAUAGCUCUCCGGAUGGGUUCGAGGGGGAAGCCCUCCGUUCAUUCCUGGAAGAAUGUGAUUUGCCUCAGGGCAUCCAAGUCUUUACAUCGAUUAAUGAUGCCUGGGGGAACGUUUCAAUCAAAGCGGUCGAAAGAAUUCGAGAUGAAAUUGGCUCCAAAACAUCCUUAUGGCUUUGGGGACUCGAGGAGAGGAUAGAUGCUACAGCGGCAGCUCGGACUCAGUCUGCGUUGAAUACAGCACGCUGCAUGUUCGAAAUGGGCCCACACGUGUCUAUGUUUGUUCCUGUCUCUGCACAGCAUGCAGGAUUCGGAAUCGGCCUUCACCCUUGGCGGGUUGCAGCGCUUGAAGCCGCUGCUAUCGAAUCGUUCUCCUUGCCUACAAGACUAGGGGAGAGAUCAAGCGGACAAGCAUUGAUGGUUGACAUGGAAACGCAGUUAGAUUGGAGUGGAAGACGAAAGGCUGCUAAAUUGGCGUUCAGCACUCAUGAAGGGGCCGAUAUAACACUUUGGGGAGACCAAAUUCCCUUGGCGGUCACCGCUAGACAAAGGGUAGGCCACAAAACGGAGCAUGUCUUUGGCAAGGUUGAGUGCAUCCGCGGCGACUGGGAAGAUAAGACCCUAGAUGUGGCCAACGGACAUGGUAAUGGGAAUGUUGUUCGACAUAUGAGCUCAGUCCCAUUCCCUAUCCUCGACAGCUAUCCAACCAUCUUCGAGCAGGAAUUAGCAGACCAGCGAAGUCUCGCAGUGAAGACGUCAUUGUCCGUGACGGACGAAGUUGCCACGAGGCUUCGGUCACUCUCCAUCCUUGCCCGAAGAGCAGCGGAGCUAUCUGAACGUGAGACGCUCUCGAACGGCUUGGAAGGUCUUCGGGAAGAAUAUGUGGAAGGUUGGGAGGCGGACAGCGAUGAAGACGAUGACUGACAAGUCGACAACCGGUAUCUUUUGCUCACAGGCUGUAUGUACUCAAUGCGUUCAAUGCCACAAUAGGAGGCCUGUCAAAAGGCAUCAACAUUGCUCCCCCUUCACUCUUCGGUGUCAAUUGGAAUGGUGUCGCGUGCUGUGUCCAGGAUAGCACAGAGAUGUCGUCCGAAUCAUGCAGGUAUUUUGCACCGCCACCAAAAGAAUC